AUGUUGUCCAAAAACUUAAAUACUUACUACGCAGCGACUAAUUAUUUUCAUCGGAUGCCCCCAAGCCUUUAUAUCUGUGAGACACUAAUAUCUUUAAAACUCCUCGAUGUGCUCUUGCCUGAUUCAGAGUUUAUUUCCUUACCUUGUCUGAAGACUUUGCACUUAAUGGGUAUGCGGAAUCUCAAUGAGGCCACGUUCGAGAGACUUGUCUCGUCCUGCCCUGUCCUUGAGGAGUUGGACAUUUAUGGAUGUCUUAAUGAUAAUGUAAAAGUCUUACGAGUGCUCUCUAAGUCGUUGAAGAAGCUCAGUGUACACGGCUACUUCAGCGGGUGGUCAGAAGUUGUGAUCGAUUCUCCUCGACUAUGGUCUUUGAGCAUAGAAGCUAACCUAUUCGAAAGAUUUACAAUAACCAAUAUCGAUACCAACGUCGAAUUAAUUAUUUAUCCCAUGUCAAUAUUUGGUAAUUCUGAUGAAGCAACUCUGUAUUCAAAUAUAAAUAGAUUCUGCAGUUCUCUCUCCAGCAUUUCCAAGAUUAGGCAUAUGAUGUUUUAUGGAGAUCCUUUCAAGGGCUAUUUAUGUUCCAAAUGGUUACCAACCAUUCUUAAGAGCUGCUCGAACCUGAAGUCCCUCAUCUUGGUUGAUCAGAAACGGCACUUGCCGUAUAUGGAUGAAAUAUCUUUUUCACAUGUGCCUGAGUGUUUAGUAUCGUCUCUCGAGUUCGUUGAUUUCAGUGUCACACUCUCAAGACUUGUUGGAGAAAUGAACCUAGUAAGGUAUAUCCUUGAAAAUUCAGCAAUCCUCAAGAAGCUCACUCUACGUUUGCAUAAUGACUGUUCAGCAAAAAAAGAUGACUUGGUUAAUAAACUCCUCAAAAUCCCAAGAGGCUCUACCAAAUGUGAAGUCGUCUUUAAUUGGAACAGAGAACAAGUAAGGUUUUGGUGAUGAUUUUGUGUAAAAACAAAGCGAUUUUGCGUGGUAGCUUCAUGCUGUUGGUUACUAGGUUGUAAGGCCAUAAUGAUUUUUUGCUAUUUGGAUUCUGAAUAUUCAGCUCAUGGUGUUAGUCAGAUUGAGAAAUUA